GGGCUGUCGACAAUGGCUUCCUCUUCUUUUAUCCUCUUCUGCUUCAGUUUAUAUUAUUUUUUCUUCUUAUCAUGUGCUUCUCAGGCCACCACUAAAUUUAAAGGAAUUGACUUGGGAAGUACAACUGCAGCAUUAGAUGUCUACCCUACUCCCCUUUACGGGCAUUCAUCUGUCCGUAGUUCAAAAGAUGUUAUAUUAUGUGACCGAGUUCAACUUUCUGGUCACUCAAGAUUGAAACUUAGGAGUUAUGCCGAUUCUGUUCGGGUUACUUUGGCUCCAUCUGUCUUAAUACCAGAAAGACUACACAGAAAAAUACAAGUUUGCUUUCAUCGGAAUGCUUCACUUGGAUUAUGCCAGUGUGAGCAUGAAAAUUGGAGGUCGGUGGAAAAUGGUAUAUGGAACGUUGUCAUGUCGCCUUAUGACGAUAGAUUUGUAGAUGUGAAGUUUCUAGGUGAUGUGUCUGGCUCUAUCACGGUUACUGUUGAAGAAGGUAUUCAGCGAUGGCGGCUUGUUUUUUUAGCUUUAGGAUUUGUUUUGUUGCUGUUGGCACCAAUUGUCAGCAAGUGGGUUCCUUUUUAUUACAGCAGUUCAAUGGCUAUUGGCGUUAUUCUUGUCAUUUUGAUUCUUCUCUUUCAGGGAAUGAAACUUUUGCCUGCAGGAAGGACAAAUAUCUUCUAUCUUAGCAUAUAUGUCCCAGUGCUUGGAGCUGGAUCUUUUCUUUUACAUCAAUUGUCUGGGUUGGUAAAUUCAAUUCUUAUCAAUUUUGGCCUCAGUGAAGAUAUGCACAAUCCAGUUGCCAUAUUUGUAUUGGUUGGAAUUUUCCUCUCGGGAGCUGCAUUAGGGUACUGGAUGGUAAGAAAAUUUGUGAUCUCGAAAGAUGGAAUCGUAGAUGUUGGUGUUGCCGAGUUUGUAAAAUGGGCCAUGCGCAUCAUUGCAUCUGCGCUUAUUUUCCAGAGCACUCUUGAUACUUGGCUGGCGCUGGCGGCAUUGGUUUCUUCUUCUGCUAUUUGUUUUUUUAUUACAUCAACAAGAAGGAAAAGUCAUUUGCACCAACCACAUUCUUGGGACAGGAGUCCUUGGGUGCACCGGUCGAGGCAGGGAAUGAUAAACCAAGGUCGUGCCGAAUUUUUUAAUAGGGCUCCGAGAAUGUAUUCUGACAGAAAAAUGUGGAAUAGACAUACUCCGACGACUUCACUGGCAUGGACUAGAUUUCCUGCAAGAGGUACUUUUGCUUUUCAAGGUGGUAUGAAUGAUCGAGAGUACUAUUCUACCUUUCACAAGACACGUAAUCGGAAGAAAUUCACGAAACAAGAAUGGGAAGAUUUCAGUCGCGAAUCCACCCGGGAUGCCAUGGCAGAAUUGACAGCGACCCCAGAAUUCACAGAUUGGAUGAUUGAACAUGCUGACAGGAUAAAACUCCUUCCAUGUGAAAGUUCAGAAGAAUCAGUUGGAAGCAAAUCGUGUUCAUCCGAUUAUGAAGAGGAGCGGAGCUCGGGCGGGUUCAGAUUAUUUAACUUGUAGCAGCCGAGGUAGAUAAUUGAUAGUAACUACUGAAACUCUUGCAUGAAAAAGGUCAUCUUUGGAAAUUUAGCCCCAGAUUUAGGAAUCAGAUUCGGUUAUGUUACUCGGAUUCGAUUCAGAUCCCGAUAAUCAUAUUCGGAUAUGUGUCGAACAGGAUACUUGCAAAUACUUAAAUGAAAAUGAAGGGUCGGAGUAAGGCAGAUAAACUGUUGUGCUUUUACAAGUAAAUUGGUGGGAAAUUUUCUCUAACCAUUUGAUCGGUGGCAGAAAACCAGUACGAUUUUCUGCAUAAUGUAUAUAGAUGACGCUGAGAAAUGAAUGAAGUUAUUUUUUCCUUUGA